AUGGCGGAAGAGAAGAGCUACAAGUACGUGAUCAUUGGAGGUGGUGUAGCCGCCGGUUACGCGGCGAGAGAGUUUACGAAGCAGGGCCUGAACCCUGGUGAACUGGCAAUCAUUUCCAAGGAACCAGUGUCUCCUUUUGAGCGUCCUGAACUAACCAAAGUGUAUAUCGACCUCUCAGUCAAUCCAACCCUUGCGAGUGUCUAUUGCUGUGCGGGAACUGGUGAAGAGAAGCAGUACCCUCAUUGGUACAAAAAAAAAGGGAUUGAUCUAAUUGUGAGCACAGAGAUAGUCAAAGCAGAUCUUGCUUCCAAGACACUUGUUAGUGAUGAUGGAACAAUUUACAAGUACCAAACUUUGCUCAUUGCAACCGUGAACCGGUUUUUCACCCCGGAGAUGUCUGCAUUCUAUGAGGCUUACUUAAUCAACAAGGGAAUCAAAAUCAUCAAGGGAACCGCAGUCACCGGAUUCAACACCAACUCAGAUGGAGUGGUCACGGAGGUCAUACUAGAGGGUGGAAGAACCCUAGAAGCUAACAUUGUGGUCGCCAGUGUCGGUGGUAAACCGGUCACCUCACUCUUCAAAGGCCAACUUGAAGAGGAGAAGGGUGGAAUUAAGGGAAUCAAAAUCAUCAAGGGAACCGCAGUCACCGGAUUCAACACCAACUCAGAUGGAGUGGUCACGGAGGUCAUACUAGAGGGUGGAAGAACCCUAGAAGCUAACAUUGUGGUCGCCAGUGUCGGUGGUAAACCGGCCACCUCACUCUUCAAAGGCCAACUUGAAGAGGAGAAGGGUGGAAUUAAGGUCUGUGUUAUUAAAAAAAUAAGAAACAGAGCUCUUGUCAGUUACCAUUAUUAG